UCAUUAAUGGGUUCCGCCAGCGAAGAUGAAGAUGACGAUGAUCCGCCACAUUUGCGCGGACCACCGCUCGGUCUUGGCGUUUUAGGUCCAAACGGGCCGGACUCAGCGGGUGGACCGUUGGGUGCAUCCGAUAUUUCAGUACAAAGCAUGAGCACGGAUAGUAAAAAUACGCAUGACGAUUCAGAUCAGGGGUCCUUAGAUGGCGAUCCUGAUGGUCGUGGCGAUUCACAAGCGGAAAAUAAAAGCCCUGAUGAUGCGAAUGGCUCUAAAAGACGCGGUCCUCGUACGACGAUAAAAGCAAAACAAUUGGAAGUACUGAAAACGGCGUUUAAUCAAACACCGAAACCGACACGGCAUAUUAGGGAACAAUUAGCAAAGGAAACAGGAUUACCAAUGCGUGUGAUACAAGUUUGGUUUCAAAACAAACGUUCAAAAGAGCGGCGCAUGAAACAAAUCACAAGUAUGGGCCGCCCACCUUUCUUUGGUGGCGCACGUAAAAUGCGUGGCUUUCCUAUGAACUUAUCGCCUGGUGGCCUGGAUGAUGGCGGUUUUCCAUACUUUGCGGCUGAUGGAAAAUUUGAAUUUGGUUAUGGUGGUCCACCGUUUCAUCCGCAUGAUGGGCCAUUUUUUCCCGGACAUCCAGGUGGACCAAUGCCGUUCAAUACACCAGGCGGCCCCAUGGAUCACACCGGUCCCAUACCAAUGGUCAAUGAAUUUGGCUUAACGCCCGAAUCAAAUUUUCUAAGUCAAGCAGGUGGUCCACCAAUGAAUAUACAAUCGGCAGGUGGACCACCACCUCCGCCAGAACACUUAUUAGCGCAACAACAACAGCAACAGAAUCAACAACAAAAUGGCCCGCGUUCAGCUUCACCCGAAUUCCUAACCGCAGCGAACUUUAGUGAACCGCAAAAUAUGCAAAACGAAGGACUUGUUUGGUAAUACACAAGACAACUGGCAAAUCGUCUGCUAUUAUUACAGCAGACGUUAGCCACUCAACAACAACAACAGCAACACCAACAAUACGAACAAUAGCAACAAUACUAAAAAUAAUAACCGCAACA